GUCUCCUAAUGUGUGAGUCUUAAUGUCACGGUCAGGGUCGCAGUGGAUCAUGAUCCAGGAAGAAGAAACACUUCUAGUGAACACUCGUAGUGAACAAAGAGGAAUUUAGGACGCUGUUUUUUUGCGCAUGCGCACAAGAGCUCCUGUCGCUCCAGGGGUGUUUUUAAUGAGUCGGUCAGUGAGAGAGGAAAUAAAAACUGAAAUUCUGCAAAUUAUGUUCAAUUAAAAUCUGAUUCUAUUUACUGGAUUAAUCUGGCAUUAGAUUAAAGACAGAGAAGAGCAGCCUGAUGGUUUAUUUGUAUAUAAGAGGAGAAUUUGAAGGCUGCGUGUGAAUGUGCAGAUUAAUUCAUUAAUUCAUGCGUUAAUCAGCGGUCAGAGGUUCCAGUAGUACCGAUAUAAAUCCUGUCCGGUCUCAUCAUGCUGCAGUUGGAAGGACUCGGUGAAGGACUCGGUUGUUUCUCGGUGGUGUUCGUGCUGCUGUUGCUGUGCACCCGGAGCCCAGUGUUCUCGGGGGGUCUCACGGCGCUCCUGUACCUGUUCCUGGUGGUGUUCCGCUUCCCCCCGGUGCACCCCAGCAGGGCCAGGCAGGUACUGCGACCCGGUAGGCUCGGUCCCGGUGGGGUGUCGGUGGUGGCACACCGGGCAGGAGCUUACGAUGCCCCCGAAAAUACCAUCGCAGCCAUCAGACAGGCGAGUGUGAACGGUGCGACCGGGGUGGAGCUGGAUCUGGAAUUCACCGCAGACGGGGUUCCCAUUCUGAUGCACGACGAGACGGUGGACCGGACCACCAACGGAUCAGGACCGCUCAGCAAGCUGCGCUUCUCAGAGAUCAAGAAACUGGAUGCAGCCAGCAAACACAGACUCAGUGAGCGUUUCGCUGGAGAGAAGGUUCCCACUCUGCAGGAGGCCGUGGAGGAGUGCAUCAAACACCAGCUCGUCAUCUACUUCGACGUGAAAGGACAUCCAGAUCAGGCAGCAGCAGCUCUGAAGAACCUGUACCACAAACACCCGGAGCUCUACAACUCCAGCGUGGUCUGCUCCUUCGAACCCAAAGUCAUCUACAGGAUGAGACAGGCGGACCCGGACGUGGUGACGGCGCUGACCCACCGGCCGUGGAGCCUGAGCCGCUUCGGGGACGGGUCACCGCGGUUCCAGUCUCUAUGGAAACAGCAGUGGAUGCAGGUGCUGGACGUGCUGCUGGACUGGGCUCAUCAUCACCUGCUGUGGAACCUGUGCGGCGUCUCGGCCUUCCUGCUGCAGAAGAACUACGUCUCACCGGACACGGUGCAGUACUGGUCUGCGCGGGGGGUUGAGGUGGUGGCGUGGACGGUGAACACGGCGGUGGAGAAAGAGUUCUGCCAGCGCCAGCUGAACAUCGACUACAUCACCGACAGUUUAAUCGAGGACUGCGAGCCGCACUACUGACGCCCUGCCCGGCGUUCCACCUCCUCAUCGCGCCAUAGCGGUACAGAACACUGGGGUCAGGUGUCACGUCCAGGGACGCCUUGGUGUCAGCGUUCGGUCUUCCAGGAAUUUAUAAUGACCAGGUUCAGUCUAAUGCAGGAUAAUGUUAAUAGUGCCGCUAAACGAUAGAUACCGUUUCUGAACAUUUCAAACCUCUGGGGCCACAAUCACAACAUUUCCACACAUUUAUAGACGAAUAGUGCAGAGAAUUUUGUGCAAUAUGACACCUUCAGUUUUCAACAGCUCCAAAACUAAAGCUGCAGGAUCCCUGGUGAAAUCUGAGGGUGUGUGUUUACUCCUGGUCUGAACAACUGGGUCAGUUCCUGGUGUGGUGCGGCGUUCUGUCCAUAUACUCAAAGGCGACACGUACCAAAACCUCCAUACCACACACAGUGUAACAGAAGCCACCAGCAGUGUUUAGAUUCCAGUUUUGACUUGCGUGUUUAUUGUUUUGCAGCUUAUUUGAUUUUUUAAAUGGUGCCGUGUGAGUCGGGAUGAUUCCCGACUUGAUAAAUGUUAAUAAUAAACAUGUAAUAAUGUUCUGGGGUCACCUGGUCUUUUUCACAGAAGAGUUUGAGAUCUUCUCCUGAUGCAUGUGUGAGCUGUGUGGAUGUAAUUUAUCUGAAUUGAGAUGCAAUAAAUAAGUAAAUAAAUGAUCAAUAAUAAACUAAUAA